AUUAAAUGAUAAUAGAGUGUAACACUCCUCUAGUUACUGCUAGAUUUUUAAUAUACAUAUGAGGUGAUAGUUGAUAGAGAGAGAUGACUACAACGUCGGCCAUAGAACUUGCCUCCAAUAUGUCUGGGAAUGGAAGUUCAGCGAUGGACGUCCCCAAUUCGGAUUCAAUACACAUUGUCCCGGCCAUUUGGGCGAUUUUGAUCAUAGUUGGGGCAGUGGGAAACGGUUUAGUUCUCUAUAUAGUGUUCAGAUAUGGCGAAAGAUCCGUUACAAAUAUUUACAUUAUUAAUUUAGCCUUGGCGGAUCUAGCAUUUCUUCUGAUUGUUGUGCCUAUUACAGCGGUCAGCUUUGCGAUGCCAACUUGGGGUUUUGGGGACGGAAUGUGCAAGUUUUUCACUUAUACGAUCUAUGUAACAGUUCAUGCUACAUGUUUGACGUUAAUGGCGAUGACAAUAGACAGAUACCAAGCUAUCGUCUAUCCUAUACAAUCAAUGAACUGGCGGAACACUCGGGCUUCCACAUUUGUAUGUCUAGGCGUGUGGAGUGUCUCCAUUAUCCUAUCGUUGCCAUUUGCCAUUUUUCACAAGGAGAUGCCAGAUAGAGAAAAUGUCACUAUAUGCGGAGCUGAUUGGCCAGACCAGAGCAUUGACAAAGGUGCCACGCUUGCCGUCGUCAUGACGUCAUACGUCAUUCCACUUGCUGCAAUUAUUGCUUGUUAUUCAAGAAUACUGCUUCAUCUUUGGAAAGGCGGAUCAAACGGGAGUUAUAGGCAGGCACAGAAUGCAAAUGGAACUGUCCCCUUACGAAGUGCAGGACAACUUAGACGGAAGAAACGUGUCACCAGAAUGGUGGCCAUUGUUAUUCUUCUUUUUGCCUGGUGCUGGCUACCGAUACAGUUCUUUACAUUAUGGUAUAAAUUUGAUCCAAACUUUCCCCAAAUCCCCGCUUUAUUAAAAUUCAAAAUAUUUGCUCAUACGCUGUCAUAUGCCAAUUCCUGUGUUAACCCUUUUGUAUAUGCGUUCAUGAACGAGGGUGUUCGAAAAGCUUUCCAGAAGAAGUUUCCAUAUGCCAGUAAAUAUUGUCAGUGUAAAAAAACACCAAAGGAAAACAAUCCGGAAACUAGUACAAUGAUAGACAAGGCUGUUAUGACGACGCGAGGAGGCGGAGAAAGUAUGGCCACCACGCAUUGUUCAGUGUGAUUUAUGUUUUACAACAAACCGAUAGACAUAGAGAAGUGCAGAAACAGACAAGGCUGAUAUGAGGACGCAUGUAGGAGAAGGAGGAGGGGAAAUUAUGGCUACCACGCAUAGUUCUCUUGAUUUAAGUGCUUCUUGUACUAAAAACUGAUAAUGACAUUAAAGACUAUUGAUAAUUGUGUGAUUUUACAUGUAACCAAAUUACGUGUUGCUUUUUAAGAAAUCGCCACAAAAGCGAUUAUCUUUAUCCUAAAACAAUUGCACAAUUUACAACAAUUCUGACAAGCAUUUUAUCUUCAAUAAUGGAAUAAACAUAGUUGCGGUAAAGUGUUAUACAAGCAUCCAUUUGUUCUUGGCUUUCUAAACUCUGAAAAAAUAUUAAACAAAUUGAAGUUGUUUAACAGUUAUGAGAAACUUGUUUAUUAUAUUUAAUGACUAAUUAAGUAUCCCUAUUUUACUAUAUAUAUUUUUGUCAUCGUUUGAUGGUAUAUCUUUUUUUUUUCUCGAUGUGUGGCAAAAAAGCUCCAUCUCAACCAAUGCUGUUUGUUUCAAGAAUGAGAGUAUGUGGAAUCUUCUGGUCAUUUUAGUUAUUAAGUAUAUAACAAAAAAUACCUGAUAAGAAAUGACGUCAUUUCGAAGUUUUAAUUAUCAAUACAAACAAUGAAAUAUGAUUUUUAUGAAUAAAACUUUUCAAUCUGUUGAAAAUCAUACUUCAUAGAUUCUCGCCAUAAAUUAUUUGUAAGAAGAGCUGAAGAGCUAUUUUUGCUUUAAAUUUAGAUUUUAAUUUUAAAACCAUUUUUAGAUGAAUAAGGUACAUGUAGUUUGUAGUUGAAUAUAUACUGUUUUCAAAAAUGAGGACAGAUCAUACCAUGAUAGUUUAUAUUUAGAAAUGCUUGAAGGAGAAAAAAGCUCGCCACUCUCUCUCUCUCUCUCUCUCCCCCUCUCUCUCUCUCUCUCUCAAAUUGUUAAGUAAGAAGGAAGACAGAACUUUACAAGCAAUUUAUAAAAGGUCCCUACUAAUAAAUUGCUUGAUAGAGUUCUACAUAUCAAAUUUACCGCGAAAAGAAACUAUGAAGACAAGACAGUUUGAAAUUUAAUUAAACAUUUUGAAUCAUUAAGCGUUUCAAGCAUGUCUGAUCUGAGUAAAAAAAGUGUCUAUUUUCAUGUUUGUGCUGUAUUUGCUUAAGCUGUAACAAUCGCUGCAAAUUUUGUCCGAAUAUAAUGUUCCAUGUUGUUAGUGUAAUAAAAAUUCUAUUUCCAUUGAUCUGUUUAGAAAUAAAAGAUGUUAAUUUCA